GCCGUUGUUGCUCUGUUCCCGUCGCUCGAUCAAUCUCAUAAUGCUUCUCCGUCUCCGCAGCCUCAACCUCUCUCAGCCUCUGCCUCUCUUUCUCCGCCACCCUAAAACCCUAAACCCUACCCUUCGCUGCCUCUCCUCCCCUUCCUCUUCCCAAUCCCAAGGCCCGCUUCCGUCGUCGGAGCCCGCCGAAUGGACGGACGAGAUCGUCUACCUGGACGAGUCGGGCGAUGUCAUUUGCUCCGGCCGCGGCCUCCGCCCCGCCGAGCCCGGCCGAGACGCCCACGUCCUUGACGGCGGCCUUCUCCGCCCCAUCCCCCGUUCCGCCGCUGCCUCUAAGCUAGUCGAGCUCGCUCGCCGCUGGCGCUGGGGCCCCGACCUUGACGCCCACCUCGAUCGUCUCCCUUUCCCCCCAGACCCUUCCCUCCUCUCUGUCGCCCUCGCCGCCCUCCCGGCCGCUGACCCUCAGCCGGCCCUCUCCCUCUUCCGCUGGGCCCGCCGCCAACCCUGGUUCGCCCCGUCCGACUCCACCUAUGCCCUCCUCCUCGAUCGUCUCUUCGCUGCGGCUGACUUCGAUGCCAUCCAGUCCCUCUUCGAUGACAUCCUCAAAGCUGCCACCUUUGACGAUGCCGAGCCCUCUUCGACAUCUUUCUCCUCUUCCCUCAAUCUCGUGGUCCAGUAUCUAUGCCAGGCUUCGAAGCUGGAGAUCUCCUUUUCCUGUUUCAAGAAACUACGAGACGCCGGAUUCAGGGAAUUCAACACCCAGACUUACAAUUCUCUCAUCACCCUCUUCCUAUGCAAAGGCUUGCCCUUUAAGGCCUUCGAGAUCUACGAGUCCAUGGCGAGUAGCGGUUGCUCGCUCGAUGCCUCCACCUAUGAUCUGAUGGUUCCUGCCCUUGCCAAGUCUGGUCGGCUUGAUGCUGCCCUCCGUCUCUUCCAAGAGAUGAAGGCAAAGGAAGGCUCCGGCAGGCCAGGGCUCCCGAUAUAUGCGGCCCUGGUGGAUUCCAUGGGGAAGGCUGGGCGGCUGGAUGCAGCAGUGGGGCUGUACCAGGAGCUGCAGUCAGUCGGAUAUAGGCCGUCGGUCACAAUGUAUGUAUCCAUGAUCGAGUCUUUGGUGAAGGCCGGGAAGCUCGAUGCUGGCUUAAAGCUUUGGAACGAGAUGAAAGGUGCUGGUUUUCGUCCAAAUUUUGGUUUGUAUACGAUGAUGGUCGAGUCCCAUGCCAGAUCGGGGCGGCUUGAGACGGCUGCCUCCAUCUUUGCUGAUAUGGAGAGGUCAGGGUUCCUCCCAACACCAUCCACUUAUGCUUGCCUCAUCGAGAUGCACUCUGCUGCUGGACAGGUGGACCCUGCAAUGAGGCUCUACAAUUCGAUGACCAAUGCUGGACUUCGGCCGGGAUUGAGUACCUUUACAUCCCUGUUGAGCGUUCUUGCUAAUAAGAAACUUUUGGACUUGGCUGCAAAGGUUCUCCUUGAGAUGAAAGCUGUUGGGUUUGCUGUGGAUGUUAAUGCCAGUGAUGUGCUGAUGAUAUACAUCAAGGGUGGGUCGACAGAGCUGGCUUUGAGGUGGCUGAGAUUCAUGGGUUCUGCUGGAAUCAGGACCAACAACUUCAUUAUAAGGCAGCUUUUUGAGUCUUGCAUGAAGGCUGGGCUUUAUGAUUCUGCACAGCCAUUGCUUGAGACCUAUGUGGGAUCAGCUGCAAAAGUGGAUUUGAUACUCUACACUUCAAUUCUUGCGCAUUUGGUCCGCUGCAAGGACGAGAAGAAUGAGCGGGCUAUAAUGGACAUCAUGAGUUCGGCAAAGCACAGGGCUCAUGAGUUCAUGUGUGGGCUCUUCACUGGACCAGAGCAGAGGAAGAAACCUGUGCUAUCGUUUGUGAGGGAGUUCUUUCAGGAAAUUGAUUAUGAAUUAGAAGAGAGUGCCGCAAGAUACUUUGUUAAUGUGCUUUUGAAUUACUUGGUGCUAAUGGGCCAGAUGAACCGAGCCAGAUGUGUUUGGAAGGUAGCCUAUGAGAAUAAGUUGUUCCCCAAGGCUAUUGUCUUUGACCAGCAUAUUGCAUGGUCUUUGGACGUGCGAAACUUGUCCGUGGGGGCAGCUCUGGUGUCUGUGGUGCAUACACUGCAUAGGUUUAGGAAGAGGAUGCUGUACUAUGGUGUGGUGCCUCGACGCAUCAAGUUGGUGACAGGCCCCACGCUGAAGAUGGUUGUGGCUCAGAUGCUUCAAUCGGUGGAGUCACCAUUUGAGGUGAGCAAGGUCGUGCUUAGGGCUCCAGGGGAUUCAGUCCUGGAGUGGUUCAAGAAGCCUAUUGUCCAACAGUUCUUGUUGAAUGAAAUACCAUCAAAGGCAGAUGUUUUGAUGCACAAGCUUAACGUACUGUUCCCGAGCUCUGCACCAGAGGUUCGGUUACUUUCUCCUCCCAAGCCACUAGCUGUGUCAAGGUAAUGUGCUAGUGAAAGAUGUACACGAUUCAUAUUUAUAUUAUGAAUGAAAAAAGGGGGGCAUUCUCAAUGAUGAAUGUUCUGCCUGCGUUUUUCAAUGACAGAAUCACCGCUUUAUGUGAUCAUAGGAGAGGAAAUAUAGACUAUGGCUAGUAGCUUUUUUUUAUUGUAAUAAAGUUCCAGAUACUUUCUUAGAAGCUCUUUUAAUUAGAUCAUGAAUUGUUCAUAUAAA